AGAACAUGGAUCUACACUGUCUUAAUCAAAAAAACAGACUUCCUUCCUCUCAUCAACCAUGGAUAUAAUAACUGGGGACCGGAGGACUUAUCAGAGGUCAGCUUCAGGAAUAACUGUUCUGGCACACUUGUUGGGGUUGACAGCCCUCGUCCUCAUGCUUAUUUGGCUGUUGCAUUACCGCGAAGGUCUUGACUUGGAUUCAGAAAAUCCGGCUCGUGUAUUCAAUGUUCAUCCAUUUCUCAUGUACUUCGGGUUCAUCUUUUUUGCUGCAGAAGCAAUGAUGGCGUACAAGACUGUAGCAGCGGCGCACACAGUGAAGAAAUUCGUCCACAUGUUCUUUAACCUGGCCUCACUAGUACUGGGGAUCGUUGGUAUUCAUGCUGCAUUCAAGUAUCAUGAUAAGCUUAACUUAGAGGACAUGACUAGCUUGCAUUCAUGGAUUGGCAUGGCUGCUCUAUGCUUAUUCAUAUUGCAGUGGUUAUUCGGAUUCAGUCUGUUUCUGUUUCCACAAGCAUCAACAGAAUAUACAAGAGCACGAGCACUCCCGUGGCACAUAAACGGAGGUAGAGCUCUCUUAUACAUGGCCAUAUGUGCAGCUGAAACAGGGUUGAUGCAGAAAUCCACAUUCUUGCAGCUUAACAGUGGCAGAGAAUCUCACUUGGUCAACAUCCUUGGAGUAGUGAUUCUUCUGUUUGGCAUCACAGUUGAUAUAUCCGUCGCUCUAGCACGCUAUAUCUGAGUUGCCUGUUUUCUGGUUUUACACAACCUUACACCCGAGUAUAAGUAACUUGAUUUUAAUUUGUAAUGCUGACCACAAGACUGCAUUUUCUUUAUAUGAAGCUUGUACUCUACUAUUGUGUUUGAUUUUUC